CGCUUGGUUGGGGAGUCCGUUUCCCAGCAUGCGCGCGGGCUCGGGGGCGGGGCUGGAGCUGUGGGAUGUGCGGAAGCGGUGUUGGGAAUGUGCCUGCCUGUCAGCCAGGGGCAACAAAAUCUGCUGAUUAUGAAUUUUAGAUAGAGCCCCCACUUUCAUCUUAUAUGAGACCAUCACAGUCUUUAAUGUAUUUGUCCUUACCACAUCUCCGUGAGCAAUCAAGAGACAUGGAGAAAAUGCGUUUAAGAUGGUCCAGCCAGAAGAAUUGUUACUUUGUGAAGAUUUUGUUUUGACUAAUCUGUAAAUACCUUGACAACUUCAAAUUGAAUUAUUUUUCUUGAAAUCGAGACUUAUCUGUUGCCUUCAUCAGAAAUGUUUUUAACAUUUUCAAGAAAAAAUAUGUCCCAGAAACUGAGUUUGUUGUUGCUGAUAUUUGGAUUCAUUUGGGGCUUGAUGUUGCUGCGCUACACUUUUCAGCAUCCAAGGCACCAAAGCAGUACUGAAUUGCGUGAACAGAUAUUGGACUUAAGCAAAAGAUACGUGAAAGCACUGGCAGAAGAAAAUAAGAACAUAAUGAACGGUGGUAAUGGAGCCUCAAUGGCAGGAUAUGCUGACCUCAAAAGAACAAUUGCUGUUCUUCUGGAUGACAUCUUACAACGUCUGGGGAAACUGGAAAACAAAGUUGACUACAUUGUUGUGAAUGGCUCAGCAACAAAUACUACCAAUGGGACUAGUAGUAAUCUGGUUCCAGUAACUACAAGUAAACGUGUAAAUGCAGCAAACAUUAGAUAGCAUAGAAGAUAACCUUAAGCUGAUUCAUCUAUCAUAGAUUUGAUUCAAAAAAAGCUUUUUACCUCUGGCUAGGGCAAAGCAAUAGUUGACACAUAUCUGUACACUGUUCGCUAUAGAAUGUGCUGAGUACAUGCAGUCUCAACUUCUAUACAUAAGGUUCUCAAAGGCUUAAUUUGUUGCUUUCAGACAACUCUGUUAAAGCAAUGCUGUACAAUAUUUAAAGAUUGGUUGAUGUAGUAUGCCAAAUGAGUAAUACACUAAUGUUUGAAAUUAAACUAAAAUGGAAAAUAUAUAUUCACUUCUAAAAUAUAUUUAUUUAAAUAAAAACCUAAGAUCAUUUUGGAUAAACUGAUAAUAUCGCUUAAUCAUUUUUGUGAUGUUUUAAACAUGUAAUUAAGGAUAAUGUAAUGUUAAGUUAGUGUAUAACAGUACAAUAUUUUGUUACUCAUUAAUUUGCUAGUGGUACGUUGAGGAUAACGAGGAUAACACUGAGAACGUUUUAAAAUAGCAACCCAAAGAAUGUCUUUAUUUGCACUACCUGUUAGAAUAGAGAGAAUUUCCUGUAUAUAAAAAUAUCAUUUAUAAUGAAUAUCUUAGGUAGCAACACUGUCCAGAUAUCUUUGCUCCAGAACGAGGUCAGUUAGAUUAUCAAAGGCAAAAGAGCCUGAUACAUAGUUAUUUUGUACAAAAAUAUUUAAGUUUGUGUAUUUUAUAACUUCAGGUAAAUUAUUUAAGUGAUGGAAGUCUAGUUUUCAGAUGUGAAUAUUUUUAUUCAUUGCUGUUUCUUUAAAUAUUUUAGUAUCUUGCAGUGUGACAAAUAUAACACAUCAUCUCCUUAACUUACUUUUUUAAACAGGAGGGAAUAAGUAAAUUAAGUUGAAGGGAAGCAGAGCAUCUUGGCAAAUACUAAAGAGAUGCAUAUGCUAAUGGUGUUUCAUGAGGGGCACGGGAAUGAGCUAAGGUUAAAUUGCCUUAUAUCCAUGUUAGCCUUACAGCAAUGAGAAUUGCAGUGAGGGUGCCCUAUACUUCAAAAUGGGCUUUCUGCAUUAUAAAUGCUAAAAUGAAAGUGCCAUUAAGACCUAUGUUUUUUAAAAAUAUACUGAAGUUGGGGUAUUUUUAGAAUUAUGUUCUGGAAUUUUUGCUUGAAAUAUGCUGUAUAAUAGCUUUUUACUAUUUUGCUUAGAAAAAACUGAUUCAGACCAGAAGUGCUGGAUGAUCUCAAGGUUUUCUGCUUUUCUCCCUGAUAGUCCAGACUGGUCUAGAGGAAAGUAGACUAUAUAAAUAAAAACUUGAGUUAGUGUCCUAAUGUUUCUUAUUUUGUGUUUGACAUACUGAGUGUAAAUUUUUUUCAGGAAGAAAAAAAUAAAAUUGUAUUUAUA